AAAUUCGCUAAUUACCAUUCUAAAAUGUCUGAAAAGAGCAAGGUAGAAGGUCAUCUGAAUUGUAAUGGUUUCAGGAAAAACUAAAUUCAAUGAGUGACUCAGCAAUACAAGAGACGGAAGCCGCAGUCUCUCCACUUCAGUGGCCAGAGAACGGAGACCAAUGGAGCGAUACAGAGGAAGGAGGGAUCGAUAUGGAGGAGUGUGGAUUGGCAGCUAUGGCAGAGGAGGAUGAAGAAAUAAAUAUUUACAACAAUGAGACGUUUGGCUCGGAUAUGGAUACAGUUGUGGAGAAUGAAGGGCACCCCAUCAACUCUCUGCCGCAAUUGGAUGAACAGCCACCGGAACCACCUUCCAGUCCUUCCUUGCCAUCCCUCUCCCCCAGCUCCCCCUCUUUUUCUCCUAGAACCAAGCCGCAAUUCCAAAUCCAGUUCCCCCCAGGCUUACGGGGCAGGGGAAGGGUGCCGAGGGGUGGUCAAGCCAUGGCGCAGAUGUUUGAAGACCCUGCUGUGGUGACGACUGUGGAGGGCCGGCAAAGUCUACAGCGCUUGGACAGUUCUAUAGUGGACUUUGGUAGUGUUUCCCAUUGGGAUGAUCCAGCUCCAGACUCUAGGAUGUUUCCAUCUUACGGCAGAACCAGAUAUAUCUCUGGAUCAGUGCUUCAGGACCCGGCCAUUGUGUAUGUUAUGGACAGUCAUAUGUCUAGCAGAGGACCAAACUACCCAUUGUCCAGCUCCCGGUGGAGAAGAGGGGGUCCAAGAGGGUCAUACUCAAACAGACCAUUUGUGCAAAGAUGCCCCCCUCAGAUGAGUCCAUUGAUGCCCAGGUCUCCAAUCAUCUCCCGUCAACCUUUCACCCCACAACAGCCCUACAACCAGACAAGGAGCUUCCUUUCAUCCUCCCCACGUCCCUGCCCUUCCACACCUCAACCCCUGACGCCCAAGAUGAUGCAGCUUCGCUUUGGUGCCAACUCACCAAGACCUUUCCCCUUCUACAGCCCCUCGUCCAAUCCUGUGCAUCGAUUCAGGUUCCCUGGUCCUGUGACACAACUUCACCCCCAACACAGGCGACUGUUGAGUCAGCGUCAACCGCGCUCCCAAAGAAAACCGGAUUGGGACCCCUACUGUAACAUCAUGUCCGCCAAAGAGAAGGAGUGGAUCAUCAGACUCCAAAUGAUUCAGCUCCAGAGUGAGAAUCCCAACCUGGACGACUACUACUACCAGGAGUACUACCGGCGAAUGGAGGCCAAGCUGGCAGAGGAGGAGUUGGGCAUGAGGGGCAAGAGGGAGCCGCCCAAACUCACCACCCCCUACGUCACCAAGACUGAAUCCUACACGCCAGUGGUGCACAUUGAAGGCUCCCUGGGCCAGGUGGCCGUGUCGACGUGUUUCAAUCCUAGGCGGGCAAUCGACGCUGUUACCGCCCACUGUCCGCACGAGGAGCUAAAAGACCUCCGUCAACAGCGCUUGGACGUCCUGAAGAAAAUUGAAAAAUUGUUUAUGGUGCUCCUGGAUGUGGAGGAGGGGCAGAGGAUGAAGGCCCAUGUGCUAGGGGAGGGUGAGGAGAGUAGGCUGAUGGAGAGAACUCAGAGGAAAGUGGAGUAUAUCUUCUCCCAGUUUCAGAAUCCCUGCCCUUUAGAAGCUGGGGAUGAGUUUCUGCCCUGUCUCCUGGUUUCCAAAGGCAAGCGGCUAAUGGCUCGGCUCCUCCCCUUCCUAUCCCGUGAUGCAGCGCUGAAAGUAUUGCGUGUGGUGACGUUCCACCUGCCCAUCCUCAUGAGCAGAGACACAGAUGAGUCUCUUCCAGUCUUGUACCCACCUCUUCGAACUGUGAUCGGGGCUGUGACCUUCAGUCAGCUCAUCGGGGUCCUCAAAGAUUUCACAGCGUCAUCACCCGACUCCAGUGACGGCAGCGACUGCCUCUCGCUUGCGUGUCAAAGCAAGUUUGGUCUGUCUUUACUUUACGCCCUGCUGUCCCAAGGGGAAAGGCUACUGUCCUCUGAUGUACCCCUAGAGCCAAGCAUCGGUGACUUUGAGACCUGGACGGACACUGUCUUUCUGGUGGCAUCACAGCUGUCCCAGAGUGCUCUGGUGGAGCCCCUUCUCCUUCCCUCGAACCUUCUCACGCUCUUUUGCCGUUACCUGGACAAGCGCACAGUACACCAGUUAAAGAGCAACAUUGAAUCUGCGACUGGACACCUGGCUCCACCCUCGUAGUAGGCAAGGUCAUCUGAUGUGCUGACUGUUUUGGCUAAUCUGCCGAUUGUAACAAAGCACCAAAAUUGAACGGCGCUGGCACGCAUCCCAGAUGACUCUACACUGCUUGGAUGCUUAACCGUAUUGCUACGCUGUUCUCUUUGUACGCAAACAUUCUUAGAACACCCAAAUAACGUUCUUAUCCCCCCCUUUUGUUGUCUUCCCACAUUCCCUCACUUUUCUGCACAAGUCCUUGUCUCAGUCUGUUUCCUUUUUAUUUCCUUUAUCUGUUCCAUUUUUAUUUAAACUUUCUUAUUCUUCAGUCCUCAGAUUAGCACUCAGGUCUCAAAUGAUCCUGAUUGGUUUUCUUUCCUUUUACCUCUAUAAUCCAGACCUAUUGUAACAUGGCACCGUAACAUGUAAUGACCAUAAUUUUAGUCCUGUGUAAAUACAGUUGGUAACACAACCAGUAGAUGGGGCUGAGCAACCGAAAACAUCUCUCCCUGUCAGCUGCCCUGCCUAAUAUUCCUCAAGUCAAAAGUAAAUCUUGGUUAGGGGGUGUAUGCUAUCGUUUACAUGAGAAAUGUCUGAAUCAUUGAGGAUUGUGCAGUUAUUUAAUUGUCUAGUUGCACUUUGUCAGCAGUUUUGUCAAAUCUAAUUAAUACUAUAGCCAAUUUGAGUUCUUUUGAAAAUGUAGAUUGAUAUGGUUUCCCUUCUAUGCAUAUAGCAUGCUACCUUCAAUGUUUAUUUUAAUGUUUAAAUUGUAACUUUGUAAAAUAAGCAGUUUAGUUGGAAACAGAAACACACUUGUAUAUCACAUGCAACAUAAGAAAUAAAAUUCUUAAAAUAA